AUGAUAAAAAAAACAUUUUUUGGUAUUUCUUUAAGAGACAAACAAAAAUUCACCUUUAAAGAGCAAAAUGGCCUGCUCUGUUAUACAUUCACUUAAAUAGUUUUAGUUGGCAAAGGUGAAGCAAAGAUAUAUGGAUUUUCAAGUAAUAAAAAGAUUUAGAUUGCCUCUUUGAAUGAGAAGCAUAACCAAAGCAAAUGCAAAUUUAUUAUGGAUGAAAAUAAUUUUACCCAUCUAAUCUGUAUUGGAGAUGAGUCUAUUUCAAUAAAUGUGUUAGGAUAUAAGUUAGAAAAUAGGGUUUAGGAACAAUAGGAAAAUAAUUAACAAGAAAAUUCAAUUUUCAGAAAUUAGUACUAAGCGCUACAACAUCAAGAGGAGAGAAAAUUGGACACAGAAGAGUUUAAAUUACUUUCUAAAAAGGAAAAGAAGUAAUAUAAAUAAAUAUAAAAUCAAAAAUAAUUAUAUCAAAAGUAUUGAAUAAUAGUGUGUGUUGUGAUAUAUUAAAAUUUAUUAGUUUAAAUAUUUUCUUUGAUAUGCUCAGAUCAAUUUCAAAAUGGAGAAUGAGAAAUUAGCUAAAGCUCUACUUUUUGCUAUUAUCUCUAUUCUCUACAUUAUUAAUAGGAAUUGUUCUAAUCAUAACUCAGAAUCUUGUAUACAAAGAGGUUGUUCUGACUACCUAGUAGAUAUCGACCAAGUUGACAGACAAUGAAAUAUCAAAUUAGUUUGAGACUCAAAUGCGAUUGUUUUUUGAAGUUAUUAAUAAAAGUAGAAUAUCAUUAUAUUUAAGAUUACCAAGCUCUUGAUAAAUUUGCAUAAUUAUUUACAUUCGUAUAAUUAGAAUUGAGCUUAAUAACAUCGAAAAGUGAUUAAUGUCCAGUAAACUAGACUCAAAAUUAUAGGAAAUCGAAUAUUUGCUAUAAUAUUUUGAAUUUGAAGAGUGAGUAGGAAUUAAAUUAAAUUCAAUAAAAAGACUUAUACUUCCAUUUGAAGCAUUAAAGUUUAUUAUAGGAAUUGUUAUUGCUUCUCGACCCUGAACAAUUUAUUAUUGGAAAUUGGUCGAUUGGAUAUGAUAAGCAAUUCUAUUUUUCAGCCUACUAAGCGAUAGGCUAUUAUUCCACAUUUAAUAUUGCGACUAGGCCAUUCUACCUAAAUCAUAUCAAAAAAGCGAAUACUUCUGAAUAUAUUUUUAGUGAUGUAUUCUACAAUUUUGAAAAUGAAUAUAAAGUCACUAUUUCUAAAAACCUUACUAAUGAUAUAACAGAAGGUAUUGUGGCCACCUAAUUUGAAUUUCAAAUAAUCAAAAAGUUUUUUUAAGAAAACUUUUUAAUUCUCAAUAAGGAUGGAUUAAUAUUGAUUGGCAAUGUAUAAAUGUAUUUUCAACCAAACAGAACUAAUGUUUAUUUUUUUAAUGAAACCCUUACUGGUUUUAAUGAAAAUGACUGGAAUUCGGUCAGGAUUUAUAUGGAAAACAACAUAUCGUAAUCCAAUUGCGCAACUUCAAAUUCCUUACACCUAUGUAGGUAAAACAAGAUAACGUUGAUGGAUGUGAUGAUAUUUGCAAAGUUUUUGCGAUUCUCUAAUCUGAUAUUGAUUAUGUAAAAUAUGCUUGUUAUUUAGAUUAAAGAACAUAGAGAAGGACGAGGAUCUUGAAAGGUAGUUGAUCUGGAUAGAGGAUUAGAAGAAUCUUCAAAUUACUCAAUUGUUAACAUAUCAAUUAAUUGCUGCUUUGGUCACUAGUCUUCUGGCCAUCUUGGUUGUGAGAUAUAUAUGCAGAUACAUGACCUAUCUAGAAAGAUUAGCACAUUCCCAUUUUUAAAACAAGUGUGUUGAUUUUUAGGUGUAUUCUUUCCUAAGAGAAAUAAAACUACAUUAAUAAUCGCACUCGACAAAUAUCACUCUGAAUCUAUCUGAUUCCUACUACAAACUAAUUUCGUAGUUAAAUGCAAGACCAUUUAUAAAGAAUGAGGAAUGUAGGAAUUUUGAAUCUUUUCAAUUUCCAUCCUUUAAAAAAAAUAAUCUAUUAAAAUGGAAAUCUUGUAUUCAAGAACUCCAUGAUAACAAAGGGAUGUCUAGACAAAGUUGCAAAGCUCUAAUAUUGAAUUUGCUUAGAUAAUCAUAUCAAAGACACAAAUAUUGA